CUCUUGGUUUUGGGUGGGUGUGCUAUGAGCCGUGACUCAGAGGAGAAACAGGAAGUGUUUAGUGCUCAAAGUCUUCUCCUCGUCUGCUAAAUCUCUUCCUCUGUUUUUCUUCAAACUAAGAAAAAGUUCUCAGUAGUACUAACUACAGCAAGAAUGCUCCCCUUCCAGGCCGCUCCGGAUCAGUUCGGGCCCGAGGUGAGGCAGCCGGGUCUGCACUGCUGGCGGGUGGAGAAGCUGAAGGCCGUGCCGCUGGCUGCGUCUGAAUUCGGCGCUUUCUAUAACGGUGACUCUUACCUGGUGCUGCAGAACAGAGGAGACGAUGGAGCCGAUCUGCACAUGUGGAUCGGUGAGAAGUCAUCUCGUGAUGAGCAGGUUGCUUGUGCCAUGUUGGCCACCCAGCUGGAUAACUUCCUGGGUGGAGAACCCGUCCAGCACAGACAGGUGCAGGGCUACGAGACGCCCGAGUUCAUGAACCUCUUCCCCAGGGGAGUCAGCUAUAAGGAAGGAGGAGUGGAGUCAGCUUUUAGAAAACAGCAGUCUGGUUCUGGUCCCGUUCAGAGGUUGUAUCACAUUAAGGGGAAGAAAAACAUCAGGGCGAAGGAGGUGGCGCUGAACUGGUCCAGCUUUAAUAAAGGAGACUGCUUCAUCCUUGACCUAGGAGAGACGAUCGUGUCAUGGGUCGGCUCUCAGGCCAAUAUAUUUGAGAAGCAGAAGGUGCGAGAGAUCGCCUCUCUCAUCAGAGACACUGAGAGACACGGCAAAGCGCAGAUCACUAACAUCAAUGAGGGAGAGGAGACGCCUGAGAUGCUGAAGAUUCUUGGUCCGAUGCCGGCGCUUAAAGAGAGCAGUCCAGAGGACGACAGCCAAGCAGACGCAUUGAACAUAGCCUCUCUCUACAAGGUUUCAGAUGCGACCGGGGCGAUGAAGCUGACCAAAGUCUCAGAAAAGAGUCCGUUUGCCAAGGACCUGCUCGUACGUGACGACUGCUUCAUCCUGGACAACGGCACCAACGGCAAGAUCUUCGUCUGGAAAGGCAGUGGUGCUAAUGCUGAAGAGAAAAAAGCAGCUCUGAAGGUCGCAGAUGAUUUUAUACAGAAGAUGAACUACCCCAGGAUGAAAACGCAGGUGGAGAUCAUACCACAGGGCCGAGAGACCGUCAUCUUCAAGCAGUUCUUCCAAAACUGGAACUAAAAUGUUCAGAAUGAUUCGGUUUACCUAAGGGUACUGACAAAAAAAAAAAAAUUUAAAUCACAGUGACGCAAGCAGUAUUUUAUUACAUACAAAAUAAAUAAAUAAAUAAAAGUUACCAUUUAAUUCUCACAGAGACAGAAAGAUACAGUAGAAAUGUUUUUUUAAAUAAGGAUUAGAUACAUAUACGAUCUGUUUAGUGGGUUUUUAAAAGGCGAUUCUUCAGUAGAGUAGAAUUUAUUUUCCUUUUUUCAAUUUUGUGCAAGACCAAACUCACUCAUAAACAAAACCAACUGCCAGUGAUGAGAUCGGUGUUCUUUACCAGUAUUCAGGCCAAUAUGAUGUUUAACAAAAAUUAUAGACUGUCUUUUUUUUUUUUUUACACGUUUUGUUUGUUAAUAAUCCGUUUACUGUGCUAAAUUGACAGCAAAGCAAUAAAAGUCACAGUGGAGCAAAA